UCCCCUUCGCCUUGUGCGGGGGGGAGGGAGUUUGUCUCAGCCACCCUGGACAUGAGGCCCUAGAAGAGCUCUUUACUUGGGCUCCUUCCACUUAGGCCUGGGGAGGGUUCACCCGGGAGCGGGCGUGGCAGUUCUCCAGCGGGUUCCUUCAGGUCCCGCUGUGCAGGGCAUUAGGUAGACAAGUCUCCAGGCUUUGCAGAAUACCAGCGGGGCUCUGUGGCCUGUGGGCCCGAUCGCAGCCUUCUCCAGCGUCCCGUUCUGGCAUCUGCAUCACAACAGGGCUUUGGCCCUUUGGUUUGUUGCAGGCCCGGGAGGGCCGUGGGGUGGGGCAUUUUGCAAGUUUUUCUACAGCUUUCUUUGCUCUCCUGAUCUUUGGAAGGGGUUUCUGGCUGCUUUGGGGGGCCUUGUUGUGAGGGGUUGUUGCUGGGCUUUCGAAUUGGCUUCUGGGGUUUUUUCCUUGCGCUUUGGUAUUCCCUGGGGGUGGCUAAAGUUUUUUCCCUUCAUGCAAACCUCUCCCACAUCCAUAGGGUUGCUCUGUAGAGCAAGAAUUGGGGGUUGGCUUCUCCUUCUAAUAUUGGUUGAGGGCUUGUGGGUGUUUUCACGAUGCCCAGGAAAGCUAAGGAGAAAAAGGGUGGGAAGCCUGUUAGGGAGCCCAAAGCUCCCCCCCUUCUUCCUCGGAUGAGGAUGAUGAAGAAAUGGCCCUUAUUAGGGGCUUGAUUGGUAGGAUGGAGGCCUUGGAGAAGUCUCGAAGCGCUCCUUCUGAUAAGGGUGCUGGUCCUUCUGGCGGGGUGGUGGUGUCCCUCCUCCCAAGGUGCCUCGCAGGACCAGGGGGCCUGCCCGGAAUCAGCUUUUAAAAUCACUCUCUAGUAGGUUGGAGGCGUUGGAAAAGGGGGGGGGGCCCAGCCGGCCCGGCUCCUCCCUAAGGUCCGCAAGAUCCAUCCAUGCCUGAUGACCUGGUUCCUGGAAGGCCUGCUCCUGUGGCUCCAUUGCUGUCGCCUGAGGACCCGGCUCCUGUGCUGCCUGCUCUGUCGCUUCCACUGCCUGCUGCUCUGGUUGAACCUCCACCUGUGGACCCUCGAGUACCGGUGGCCCCGGAUUUGGUUGCCGCAGUGCUGCAGCAACUUGAGGCCUGCUGUGCUAACCAGUGGGAGGUAACUCUUUUUCGGGCGGCUGUUUUAGUCGCCUUUUUCGGCGCCUUUCGUCCAGGUGAGUUGCUACUAUGGAACAGGGGCUCCCCGAGGGACCGUUGUUUGCAAUUUUCUGAUUUGUCACUCAGUGACGGGGUGGCACAGCUUUUUCUACGCCGUUCUAAGACGGAUCAACACGGUAAAGGGCAGUUGGUGUGCCUGGCAGCUGCCUCUGACCCUGGUAUUUGCCCGGUGAUCGCCUUGCAGCACUACGUGGCCCUCGGGCCUGCCUCAGCGGGGUGCCUGUUUGUCCACGCGGAUCAGGCACCUCUUACCCAAUACCAGUUCCUGGCAGUGGUAAGAAGGGCAUUGGUUGCAGCUGGGGUGCCGCCUGAAGGGCUCACAUUACACUCCUUCAGGAUUUGGGCAGCUACUACAGCUUCCCGGUUGGGCCUACAAGAGGCUGUGGUACGGCGGAUCGGCCAGUGGAAGUCCGUGGCGGUCAGGCGUUAUGUGCACUGACAGUGGACUAUAUUAUCUGGAUUGAUCGAAUUUUCUUUUUGGCAGGUGCUGGUGGGGCAGCGGCUCCUGUACGGGUCCUGAUCUGUGGCCAUUCGUUGGUCUUUUGGGCCUUCAAGCGGACCAGCACCUCCCACUGGGGUUCACAGCUGGGGUUUGGACGAAGAGCCCUGGUGUAUUGGUUGGGCAUGCGGGGCCCAAUGUGGAGUCAGCUGCUCCCGGCCAUUAAGGAUCACUUAGCUAGAUUCCCUGUGCCCACCGUUCUUGUCCUUCACUUGGGUGAGAAUGACUUAGGCAGGCGGACUGGCCUGUCCAUGGUGCAGCAAGCCGCCUCCGAUUUGACCGUACUGCGCAGGUAGAUACCCGGGGUUUGUAUCCUCUGGAUCAAUUGGCUUCAGCGCAGGGUUUGGCGCACUGCGUUUAACGGGUUUAAGUUAGAAAAGGCCCAGCGCAAGGUUUCGGCCGCCAUAGGUAAGUUAGUUUGGGCGGCUGGGGGGGACAUCAUUAGGCAACCUGAUUUAGCAGCUCGCUUCCACGAGCUAUAUCGCCUGGAUGGUGUUCACCUUUCCGAGGCUGGGUGCGAUUUGUAUUUAGCAAUAUUCGGAAUGGGCUUGCUGCACUGUUGGAUGGCAUGGGGCAGGGAGGCCAAGCAAGGGCUGACCUCCCUGGGUGGCAGUAACAGUGCGGGCUAAGGGGUAAGUGGUUGGUUAGAGUAUGGUGAGCACCCUUGGAUAUUGUAAGGUGGAAUGGUCAAUCGCUCCUUUGUAGCCUGUGCGGCACGGGGAGAAAUUGAUUGCCAGGAAACCUGCUUAAGGAUUUCAUCAACCUUUGGGCUGUGCGGUCCGGGGUGGGUGAAGACCUUGAGCUGUCCAGAUCCCCUCUUCUCUGGAGGGCGGUUGGCUUUGAAGGAGACAGGUGGGGUAUACCCGCUUGUUUCCUGAGCCAGGGUGUGUCACCCAUGUCAGGUGAUGAAUAGGAUGGUAGCAUCCUAGCUCACGCCUAGGGGCCCGCACUGUUCUAUGUUGGUGAUUAAUCACCUGGUUUACAGUCCGCCUAUGCCUAUUUGUUUAUUAAUAAACGUGGCCCGUUUCAUCCA